AUGUCGAAUAACGAUUCAAUUAUCGCUACAAAACUAGAAAAUAUGCCGGAUGAACUUAUAUUAGAAUGUUGUACAUAUCUUGCGCCAUAUCAUGUUUUACUUUCAUUAUUUGGUCUUAACACUCGUUUGAAUUGUACAAUUACUGAGUAUCGACAAAAUAUUCUUAUUGAUGGAACUAGCACACAUCUCAUUAAUCGAGGAUACCACUAUAUUAAUUCAACCUUACUUCCAAUGAUGGGUUAUCAAGUAUAUUCAUUGACAAUUGUUAAUCCACAGGAAUCACCAUUAAUCAAAAUUGAUCAACACACACCUAAUCUUGAGCAAUUGACAUUUAUUAACUGUAGUAUCAAUCGAUUACAAUUUUAUCUAUCAUUAUUAUCAUCAUUAAAGCAGUUAAAAGAAUUAGUAAUUGAUUGUUUUCGAAUAAAUUGUAUAGAAAAAAUAAUUAACUCAAACAAAUACGUAAAUAGAAUAUGGAUUAGUGAUAAUGAUAUAUCGUUAAACGAUGUUGCUCAAUAUCAAUACAAACAUCUCACUAAUUUAACUAUUCCAUUAGAAAAUGUGAAUGAUUUGUUAAUAUUGUUUAAAAUAUGCCCGAAUAUUCAAUAUUUAAAUGUUCAUUUGAAAACUUAUUGUCCAUUAUCAUUGGAUGAAUGUACACAGUUAUUAAAAUUGAAUUCACUAAAUCUUAUCGCAAUUCAUCUAAAAACACCAGUGAAUUCUAAUAUUCAAUUUGAUGAGUUAGCGUUAAUAGUAAAACAACUUUCUACACUUGAACAUUUAUCAAUCGAUAUUCAUACAAACGAUAUCGAAUGUGUUAAUGGUCAAAGAUGGGAAUCAUUAUUUACAUUAAAUUUACCACAUUUAUUGAUAUUUAAUUGCUUUAUAUUACUGCGUGAUUUUGACAUGCCAACGAAACAAGUGAAUUUCAAACAUGUAUUAGAUUCAUUCAAAUCGAGUUAUUGGACGAACGAUAAAUGUUGGAAAGUAAGCGGCUAUUUUCAUGGAUCAGCAUGGAAUAAACAAAUAUGUAUACAUACGGCAGUACCAUUGAUUAGAAGAAAAUAUUUCUACCUAUUGUAA